AUGUCACUCCUCAACCUACCAAACGAGCUUUUGCGGCAGAUCGUUGCUGGUCUUAAAGCACCCGAAGACCUCACGUCCCUCGCUCGCUUAAAUCGAGACUUCCACAGGACUUUCAAGCCAUGGAUCUAUGAUAAUGAGAUUGGCCUCGAUGGAGGCCAUAAGGUACUCGUGUUUGCCACACAAAUGGGACAUAUCCAUACCGUCCAACUGCUUCUGCAAUUGAAUGCCGACCGAGUGAUUCGAGGAAAAAAUCAGCUAGAUCCGAAUGGGCUCAUGGAUGACGACCAUUUUCGGUAUCGUGGCUUGAGACCGCUCGCCUGGUCGUCGAUUCGAGGAGAUUUGGAUAUGACAAGUCUUCUUCUGGGACUUGAUGGCAUCUCUGUAGACAUAAAAUGCCAGAAAGGUCGAACUCCUCUAUCAUUUGCUACAGAAAAAGGACACGCCGAUAUAGUUCGUCUCCUCUUGGAAGCUGGUGCAGACCCAAAUACUCAGGAUGAUAUCAUGCGAACGCCCUUGCACUGGGCUGGUUCACCUCAGCCGGCGAAAGAACCUCGAAACAUACCAGGUCAUGAUGAGAUUCUGAAGUUGGAUCCGAGGUUCUCCUUUCACUGUCCAGUCGAGGCUUAUUUUGAAGAAGAUAUCGCUGGAUCUAUAAGCUGGGACGAUGCACAGAAUUUUCACAGAUACUGCACAGACUGCCCAGAGGCCAAAAACCUCGACCAGUCUCCCCAUUUGGCUCCUAUCUCUUCAUUUUGGUCUUCUGGGGAGCACUAUGAAGAGCUCUUAAAACUCCUUCGGCAACAUGGUGGCAACACUGAUCUCAUGGAUGAGAAGCUUCGCACUCCUUUUUGCUGGGCAGCAGCAUGUGGAUAUCUACCGUUAAUGGAGCUACUCCUUGACCAUGGGGCAUCUCUUGAUUUGCCAGAGUCUUAUCGAUCUCCUCUCUCGUGGGCCGCAGAGAAUGGCCGUAUUAGUGCUGUACAGUUUCUCAUACACCGCGGAAUGUCUAUCGAGCCCCAAGGUGAAAAUUGCAUAUCUCCACUUUCCUAUGCGGCAAUGAAAGGUCAUUAUAACUUAGUCCAGUUACUCGUUGGGAAGACUGUCCGCCGGGAAUGUGAGGACUUCAGCUCCGACUGGAGUCCAUUAACCUGGGCGGCUGUUGCCGGGCAUGAGAAUGUUGUUGAGCUCCUUCUUUCCUCACACCUUCAGAAAUGGCCAGGUCUUCCAAUCGGCUCUACGGCAUUGUGUUGGGCUGCAUGUAGGGGUUAUACGGAUUUGAUUCAUAUGCUUCUUGCUGCAGGUGCCGAAAUAGCACCAUUUCCAAAGAUCUAUGAUCAGUUAACUCCGCUUCAAUUAGCGACCAGGAAUAAACAUGAAGAUGCUGUCAAAUAUCUUCUUCAUACCGGGAAAGCCGAUAUCAAUGCGAUAGACAGUCAUGGCUGGACGGCGCUGACGUGGACUUUAUCGACGCUAUACGAUACUACAAAUAAUGAGAAGGAUGCAAGAAUCAAGCAGCAUUUGCUUGAUCAUGGCGCAGAUUCCUCAUGUGGAGUUUGGGAGGUGAAAAACCGUCGUGCGCCACAUUUGUUCUAUCGAUGGCAGCCGCCAACACACUCCAAACGAAAUGGGAGGUGGCCCAUCACCUUCCGAGUUCUAUCUCGAAGUGAGCGGUUCUGCAUAUCAUACUUUGUGCCAGGUCUUGCGCCUGCAUGGAUGAGAAGUUUUGAAGGUUGGUCGUAUCACAGACAAGAUUCUGAACAGGCCACAAUUAUGUAG